UUCCAUUACCUCUGUGCAGGCUGUGUACGUGCCUGCCGAUGAUAUUACCGACCCUGCACCAGCAACGACCUUUUCCCACCUCGAUGCCACGACGGUGCUGGACCGUGCCGUUGCCGAAUCCGGCAUUUACCCCGCUGUCAACCCACUGGAGUGUGCCUCGCGUAUCAUGGACCCGGAUGUAAUCAGCGUUGACCACUACAACGUGGCGCAGGAUGUGGUGCAGAUGCUUACCAAGUACAAGGAGCUGCAGGAUAUCAUUGCGGUGCUUGGCAUUGAUGAGCUCAGUGAGGAGGAUAAACUUAUCGUGGACCGUGCGCGUAAGGUGACAAAGUUUCUCUCCCAGCCUUUUCAGGUGGCGGAGGUGUUUACUGGCAUGACAGGCCACUACGUGCAACUGGAGGAGACCAUUGAGUCCUUCUCCGGCCUGUUGAUGGGCACAUAUGAUCAGGUGCCGGAGAUGGCGUUCUACAUGGUGGGCGGCAUCACGUCUGUGCUGGAGAAGGGGAAGAAGAUGGCAGAGGAGGCCGCGGAACUUGAAAAACUUCGUCGUGCCCGUGCCGCCCAAGCAGGCCAGAAGGAGUAG